AAGCAAUCAAAAAUCACGAUAUGAAAGUGCGAGUUAUUAGCAGAAAUCCAGAUGAGUACAUGCGAGAGACCAAGCAUGAUAUCCAUCGAUUGAAACGCAAUUAUGAUCCAAGUCUUCAUCCCAUGGAAGGAGCGCGCGAAUACGUCCGAGCCCUGAAUGCUACAAAAUUGGAUCGAGUUUUUGCAAAACCAUUCAUUGGAGACUUGGCUGGACAUCGAGAAGGUAUUACAUGCUUUGCUAAGGAUCCAACUAGUUUGUCUUCACUUACCAGCGGCUCAUAUGACGGCGAAAUACGUGAAUGGAAUUUGAUAACGAGAAAAUGUUGUCGUGCAUUUGUUGCUCAUGAAGGUUAUGUCCGUGGCAUUUGUUAUAUUCCGAAUCAUUCUGUGAAUGACAAGCAAUUUCUUUCAUGCGGUGACGACAAAGUCAUCAAGUUAUGGAAGAAUGCUCCACAAGAUGAAUUAGAUGCGGAAGUGGAAGAACCAAUUUCUACAUUUCUUAGUCGAACAACUCUCACAGAUAUAUCGCAUCAUCAAAAAGAAAAUACAUUUGCAACAUCCGGCGAAGUAUGUUCCAUUUGGGAGCAUACAAGAAAUGAACCGAUCAAAACCUUUAAGUGGGGCGUGGACACAAUGCACGCAAUUGCUUUUAAUCCCAUUGAAUCGUCGUUGUUAGCCACAUGUGCAAGCGAUAGAUCCAUCAUUUUUUAUGACAUGAGAGAGGCCAAGCCAUUGCGAAAAAUUGUAAUGACUUUGCGAGCAAAUCGUCUACGAUGGAAUCCUAUGGCUGCAUUCAAUUUCACCGUUGCAAAUGAAGACUACAACCUAUACACGUUUGACACACGACGCCUUCAAAAUCCAAUAAAAAUUCAUAAAGAUCAUGUCAAUGCGGUUACCGAUAUUGACUAUUCACCCACUGGCAAAGAAUUUGUCUCCGCUAGCUAUGACCGCACAAUUCGGAUUUAUAAUGUGGAACAAGCUCAUUCAAGGGAAAUAUAUCACACAAAACGUAUGCAACAUGUCACAUGCAUAGGUUGGUCGUUAGACAACAAAUAUAUAUAUAGCGGUUCCGAUGAAAUGAAUAUUCGUUUAUGGAAGGCAAAUGCCUCUGAAAAAUUGGGAGCACUACGACCACGAGAACGCGCCAAAUUAGAGUACAACGAAGCUCUUAAGGAGAAGUUUUCAGCUCAUCCACAGAUCAAACGCAUUGCAAAACAUCGUCACGUUCCGAAAGGUGUUCUCAAUGUCACCAAAAAACAUCGUAUUAUGCGCGACAAAGAGAUUCGAAAGGAGCACAAUCGUCGUGUUCAUUCAGUUCUUGGUGCUGUACCAUUCGUUUCAGAGAAAUCAAAACACGUUCUCAAAGAGGAGAAAUAGUUUUUUUUUUCAAAAAUCCUAUGAAUAAAAAACUUUUUUAUAAUUUUCUUAUAAUAAUA